AUGGCCGACCACCCAGACUUCUUCCGCCCCGCCGAAGAAGCGCUCUCGAGGUUGGCCAACUUCAGGACGCAGAAUCCUAUUUGCGUCAUGACCGCACCAGCAGGCCGCUCGUCCUCUCCGUCUCCUGGUUUGCCUUCCCCGUCAAUGUCGCCAAUCUUAUCUGUACCGCUGCAAUCGCCACCAACUGCGAUUUUUCCGCAGUUCCAGGCUUCGCCUACGACUAUUCCACCAACAACGUAUGGUCCUGCCUAUAAUUCCGUGCAUCAAGUUUCGCGAGCGAAUCACAUGCCGUGCCUUGGUACACAGUCGCCAUCCCCACAACCGUCACCGCCGCAAGCGUAUGAGCCGCUGGUGUAUCCCGAGCCGCUCGAAUGUAUGACCUAUACAAUGGUCUACGAUCGGGUUUAUCUGGUUCUCCGGGACAACCUGACCGAUUGGUGGACUAGGAACACAGACGCACUACACCAGGUUACAUAUCGGUUAACGGCCGCGAUAAUCGGUGGUGGUGUGAAAGGCAUGUUCGGCUCUAAUGGACUUCAAUCACUUUACCAAAUCGGUAUGUACACUGGCCGAGAAGGCAUCUACCGCUAUAUGUGCCUCGCCGUACAGUCAGAACAUGGUGGACUCACGAUUCUCCUCAAGGGCGACCUGUGCGAGAAGGAUGGAAAAGAUCCGACGCACGACAAGGAGUUGCUGGUGUUGUGCAAGGACGGCUUUGACAAGGGCGUCGCUAAGCUGUAUUCAAGCAUCGUCACGGAGGCUCAGAAGCAAUAG